AUGGCACAAGUACUUGGUGAUUCAUCUGUGGUACUACCACCUCCUCCACCUCAAAAUCCAACAACUUCAUCAAAUUCAUCAUUAAGAAAAGAUAAUGAUAUUUCAAACGAGUCUAAAAAUGUAUUUUCAUCAACUGGAUCACAACAAAAUCAAUCUGGUAGUUCUAGAAAAACUGCACAAGAUUUAAUACUCACUAAACCACCAACUUUUAAAGAUCGGAUUCAUAGAUGGUUCUUUUUAAAAGGUAUUGCUAAUAGACCACAAUAUAUGCAAGAUAUUUAUGAUAAUAUACCAAGAACAAUAUAUUUCAAUUAUGAUUUACCAUCUUAUUUAAAAGACUCAAAAGGAUAUCCAAUAAUUGAAUACCCAAGAAAUAAAAUUAGAACUACAAAAUAUACUCCAAUUUCUUUUUUACCGAAAAACAUUUUAUUUCAAUUUACAAAUGUUGCCAAUUCAUAUUUCUUAUUAUUAGUUAUCCUUGGUGCUUUUCAAAUUUUUGGUGUUCCAUCACCUGGUUUAGCUGCAGUUCCAUUAAUUGUUAUUGUUUGCAUAACUGCAAUUAAAGAUGCAUUUGAAGAUUAUAGAAGAGUAGUAAGUGAUGCAGAAUUGAAUAAUAGUCCAAUACAUUUAUUAACUGGUGUUUCAAAUCCUAAUGUUUUAAAAGAUUAUGUGGGACCAUGGAGAAAAUUUAAAAAAGCAUGUACUAGAGGUACUGUUAAGACUUGGAAGGGAAUUAAAAAAUCAUGUAUAUUCAUAUGUGGUAAUAAACAUCAAAAGGCCAAAUUUGAAAGAGAAGAAAAAUUACAAGAAAAUUUACAAUUACAUCGUGUUUCAACGGUGAUUUCAGAUUAUACAUAUGUAUCAGAAAUAGAACCAAGAUAUAGUAUUCAAUCACCAAGAAGAUCACUUCAAAAUAAUAGAAAAUCAAUGCAAUCAGCAAGAUCUCAUCAUAAGCCAACAGUAGCAUUACCUAAUUCAUUAUUAAAUCCAUUAUUAAAAGAUUCAAAUGCUCAAAAUCAAGGUACAAGAGCUACUUUUAAAAAUAGAUGUUGGAAAGAUGUGAAUGUUGGAGAUAUGAUUAGAAUAAGAGCAAAUGAAGAAGUACCAGCUGACGUUAUAAUUAUUUCAACUUCUGAUCCUGAAGGUAAUUGUUAUAUUGAAACUAAGAAUCUUGAUGGUGAAACAAAUUUAAAGAAUAAAACAGCUUUAAAAUGUGGUGGGAAUAAUAAUUUGAAACAUUCUGAUGAUUUAAGCGAUACUAAAUUUUGGGUAGAAUGUGAUUCACCAAAUCCAAAUUUAUAUACAUUUAAGGGGACAAUACAUUAUGAAAAUUUUGAUUCUCAUAAAAAAUUAAUAAAUCCAGAUGAAAAAGAAGCAAUAACUCCCGAUAAUGUAUUAUUAAGAGGUUGUACUUUAAGAAAUUCAAAAUGGGUAAUUGGAUUAGUUGUAUAUACGGGGUUAGAAACUAAAAUUAUGUUAAAUUCAGGAAUUACACCAACUAAAAUCUCAAAAAUUUCAAGAGAAUUGAAUUUAUCAGUUAUAAUAAACUUUUUGUUACUUUUUAUCCUUUGUUUUAUUUCAGGGUUAAUCAAUGGGUUAUUUUAUAGGCAGGAUAAUAAUUCUCGAAAUUAUUUUGAUUUUCGACCAUAUGGGUCAACACCAGCAAUUAAUGGUGUUAUUGCAUUUUUUGUUGCUUUAAUUAUCUAUCAAUCAUUAGUUCCAAUCUCAUUAUAUAUCUCCAUUGAGAUUAUUAAAACCCUACAGGCUUUUUUCAUUUAUUCAGAUUUGAAAAUGUAUUAUCAUAAAUUGAAUUUCCCAUGUAUUCCUAAAGCAUGGAAUAUUUCAGAUGAUUUAGGACAAAUUGAAUAUGUAUUUAGUGAUAAAACAGGUACUUUAACUCAAAAUGUUAUGGAGUUUAGAAAAUGUUGUAUUGGUGGAAAAAGUUAUGGAUUAGCAUAUACUGAAGCAAAACAAGGAUUAGAUAAACGUCAGGGACUAGAUGUUAUAGAAGAGGCAAAUAAAUGGAAAAAGAAGAUUGAAAUGGAUAAAGAAGUAAUGAUAGAUCAAUUAAGAAAAUAUUCAAAUAAUAAUCAAUUAAGAGUUGAUAAUUUAUCAUUUGUUUCAAGCGACUAUACUAAUGAUACUUUUGAGUCUGCUAAUAAAUCACAAAAAGCAGCUAAUGAAAAAUUCAUGUUUGCAUUGGCACUUUGUCAUACUGUCGUCACUGAAGAAGAUGAACAAGAUCCAUCAUUACGUGAUUUCAAAGCUGAAAGUCCUGAUGAAGCUGCUUUAGUUGCUGUUGCAAGAGACCUUGGUGUUGUAUUUAAAGAAAGGUUGAGAAAAUCAUUAGUUCUUGAAGUUUAUGGAGAAGAGGAAGAAUUUGAAUUACUUGAAAUUAUACCUUUCACAUCCCAAAGGAAGAGAAUGUCCUGUAUUUUAAGAAAUGAAAGUGGAAAGAUAAUAUUAUAUACUAAAGGUGCAGAUAAUGUUAUAUUCCAAAGAUUAGAUCCAAAUUCAAACUCAGAAGAGAAUAUCAAAAAGACUGCAUUAUAUUUAGAAGAUUAUGCCAAUGAAGGUUUAAGAACAUUAUGUAUUGCUGAAAAAGAAUUAGAUUCUAAAUUUUAUGAAAAUUGGUCAACGAGGUAUAAAGAAGCAAAUGCUUCAAUUGAUGAUGAUAGAGAUGAAUUAAUUGAUCAAUUAGAUAAUGAAAUUGAACAAGGUUUAGUUUUAUUAGGAGGUACUGCUAUUGAAGAUAGAUUACAACAAGGUGUACCUCAAUCAAUAUCAAUUUUGAGUCAAGCAGGUAUUAAAUUAUGGGUUUUAACCGGUGAUAGAAUUGAAACUGCUAUUAAUAUUGGAUUUUCUUGUAAUUUAUUAGAAAAUGAAAUGAAAUUAUUAGUUGUUAGACCAGAUGAAAAUGAUCCUGAUAAUGUUGAAUAUAUUGAUAAAUUAAUAUCUGGUUAUUUAACGGAUUUCCAAAUUGAUAUAAGUGAUAUUCCAAAUACAGUUAAACAAUCAAAAAAAGAUCAUUCUAUUCCAGAUUCAAAACAUGCUUUAAUUAUAGAUGGGGCAGCAUUAACACUAAUUUUCAAAGAUUAUUCCGAACACGAAAAUGGAUCAAUUAAACAAUUAAAAGAUAAGUUUUUAUUACUUGGUAAACAUUGUAAAUCUGUUUUAUGUUGUCGUGUUUCACCAAGUCAAAAAGCUGAAGUUGUAAAGAUGGUUAAAAAUGGUUUAUCUGUCAUGACUUUAGCUAUUGGAGAUGGUGCUAAUGAUGUUGCAAUGAUUCAAGCUGCUAAUGUUGGUGUUGGUAUUGCUGGUGAAGAAGGUAGACAAGCUGUGAUGUCUUCAGAUUAUGCAAUUGGACAAUUUAGAUUUUUAACUAGAUUAUUACUAGUUCAUGGUAGAUGGUCAUACAAAAGAUUAGCAGAAAUGGUUCCGUGUUUUUUCUACAAGAAUGUUGUUUUUACGUUGACUUGUUUUUGGUAUGGUAUUUUUAAUAAUUUUGAUGGGUCAUAUUUAUAUGAAUAUACUUAUCUUAUGUUUUAUAAUUUGGCAUUCACGUCAUUACCAGUGAUUGUAUUGGCUGUAUUAGAUCAAGAUGUUUCUGAUACUAUAUCAUUAUUAGUUCCUCAGUUAUAUAUUAGUGGUAUAUUGGGUAAAGAUUGGUCACAAUAUAAAUUUAUAUGGUAUAUGUGUGAUGGAUUAUAUCAAUCAGUUAUAUCAUUCUUUUUCCCAUUUUUAUUAUGGUACAAAUCAUUUCAAAACCCACAAGGUUUAGUAAUUGAUCAUAGAUUCCUUAUGGGUGUAGUUGCUGCUUGUAUUGCCGUCACUGCUUGUGAUAUUUAUGUUUUAUUACAACAAUUUAGAUGGGAUUGGUUAACUUUAUUAAUUGAUGCAAUUUCAAUUUUAAUUGUAUUUUUUUGGACUGGUGUUUGGUCAGUCAAUUCAAAUUAUUCAGGUGAAUUUUAUAGAGCUGGUGCUCAAACAUUGGGAACUUUAGCAGUUUGGUGUUGUAUUUUUAUUGGUAUUAUUGCUUGUUUAUUACCCAGAUUUACUUGGGAUUUCCUCAAAGUCAAUUUCAAUCCUUCUGAUAUUGAUAUAAUUAGAGAACGUGCAAGACAAGGACAGUAUGAUGAUUAUCCACACGGUUACGAUCCAACAGAUGCAAAUGAUGUAGAAAGACAUAGAUUAUUAACUGAAAUAAUUGAACGUGAUCCAGAAGUAUUUGAAAAAUUGGAACAAGAAUAUAAAACAGAUGAAUUGGAACAUGAAAAUAAGAUUGAAAAGACAUUUAAAACAAUCAAAAGAAAGACUACUAUAACUUCAUCAAGAUCAAGAGCAAAUUCAUCACGUAAACUAAGAAGAAAUACAAUCAAUGAUCAAUUUCAUAAACAUAAAAUUCCAUUAAAUGAAUUAAGAGAACAGAUGAUAAAAGAAGGUCAAUAUAAUACUGCAAGAACAUCAUUGGAUAGAAUAAAUACGACUCAUCAAUUACCAGGAUUAACUCAAGCUGAAACUUUAUUAUCAUAUCAUACCAGAAAUAGUAUCAAUUUCAACCGUUAA